CUUUCCCCGACUGGCGAGUGCAUCGCCCGAGUGUCUCUUACUCCGAUCUCUCCUCUCUCUUCAGAAGCUUGUGAGCUCCGAUACCACAACCAUAGACCAGCUCUUCCCCCUUUCGCUACCGUAAUUCGGCUAUAAUUUCCGCAUAGAUCCCUUCUCAACCUCGGCACCGCCCGUUCGAUCCUCUGUUCAUCGCAUUUAUCAGGACUACUCCCUAGAAUCGCCGAAUACCAUGUCUCCGUCAGCCGAUACGACCAACGUCAACUCCAUUUUUGCUGCUACAUUAGAGGCUCUUAGAUCUGCACCGACAGGUCCAGAUGCCAAAGCUGCAGCUGACCAACUCGCUCUCUCGAUACAAAAAGCAGGCUAUCAAUCGUUAACUGACGAGAACGUCCUGUCAACCCUCCACACGUUUGCCACAAAUAAGAAGUCCGGAUAUGAGCGUGAAUCAGGCGCAAUGGCCUUCCAAUCGCUGCCCAUCGUCCUUGGAACUCCCAGCGCUCCCCUUCUCCUUCACUCUCUCCCAAUAUUGUUCGACUUGUACGCGGACAAGGGAGAGGUGGUACGGGUCGCGGCUGCAGCCGCAGCCAAGGGUAUCCUACAGUUGUUCCCUCCGGAAGCGACACGUACUGUAUUUCAAUCCCUUUUAUCAAUCCUAGACAAGGGCAAAUGGCAGACCAAAGUUGGCGCCCUUGAUGCCCUGAAAAGCUUUGUGUCAUCCGCAAAGGACGCAGUGGCCGAUGAGCUCGGGCAGGUGCUUCCGGCUGUCGAACAUGCAAUGCAUGACACGAAAAAAGAGGUCUCCACGGCUGCCACGAAAUGCGCUACCUCGCUCUGUAAAACACUGGCCAAUCCCGAUCUCACUCCCCACAUACCCGCCGUCGUCAAGUGCAUGAGUGACCCAGGCACAGUGCCGGCCUGCAUCAAAGCAUUGUCGUCGACGACAUUCGUGGCAGAGGUGACAGCACCCGCUCUUGCAGUGCUGGUUCCACUUCUUCUUCGUGCUUUGAAUGACCGGAGCAUGGAAGUCCAACGCCGCACAGUCAUCGUUAUUGAGAACCUGGUAAAACUUGUUCGCAAUCCAGUCGUUGCAGCCCGCUACCUCAGCCCACUCGUUGAAGGUGUGCAGAAGAUUGCGAAGGGAGCUGCUUUCCCUGAGGUCCGAGCCUUUGGCGAAUCUUCGUUGGAAACACUCCUCAAAGCAGGAGCUUCUUCAACAGGAUCUCCCCCCGCCCGUGAUGUUGCAGCGGAUACGAAGGAGGCACUGGCAGUGCUGCUGGGACAUCUACCUGCCGAAGCGACUGCUGUCCUCCCUAAAUCAAAUUCCCCACAACCUAAGCAUCCUCUCAUUAGCCAGGUCCUGGAAUACGAGGCAUCUAUGGUGGCUGACUUGGUCCACAAUCGCCAAUUCCGAGACAGCGCGGUGUGGCAACGCUGUGUUGGUGACUACAUGGUUCCAUGGGCGGGCAAAGAGGCGGCAGCGGCGUAUGCAGAGGCCGUCAGAUCUACAUGUCUCGCGACCGACCAGGCACAACAUGGCACUGGACAAACUAUCUCAGGUGAUGAGGGCAAGCUUCUCUGCGAUACUCUCUUUUCACUGGCGUAUGGCACUCUUUUGCUUCUCUCCCACACGACUCUCAAGCUCUACCGUGGACAUCGAUAUGGCAUUCUUGGCACAAAUGGCUCUGGAAAGUCAACACUCAUGCGCCAGCUACGCGACGGGAAAGUCGAGAAUUUCCCCCCUCAAGAUGAGCUUCGGUGUGUAAUGGUAGAGCACUCUCUUCAAGGAGAGGAUGGAACUUUGUCUGUGUUGGACUUUGUCGCCUCCGACAAAGCUUUGUCUCAUGUUCCACGUCAGAAAAUCCGUGAACAGCUUCUUGAAGUCGGCUUUGACGACGAAAGACAGGCAGACACCGUAGGUGGUUUGUCUGGUGGCUGGAAGAUGAAGCUUGAGCUGGCACGAGCGAUGUUAUAUAACGCGGACCUUCUACUUCUUGACGAGCCCACCAACCACCUGGACAGAGCGUCUGUCAUUUGGUUGCAGCAGUACUUAACUUCCCACAACAAUGUCACUUGCUUGAUCAUCAGUCACGAUUCGGGCUUCCUGGAUUCCGUGACGACGGAUGUGAUUCAUUACGAAGACAAGAAGCUGGUGUACUAUCCUGGUAACCUGUCUACCUUUGUCGAGAAACAUCCCGAGGCCAAGUCAUACUACACCCUUGCCGCUACAUCGGUCAAAUUCUCGUUCCCACCCCCGGGUUCGUUGAUGGGGGUCAGAAGCAACACGCGCGCUAUCAUGAAGCUUCAGAACUGCACAUUCACUUAUCCAGGAAAAUCCACGCCUAGCUUAUUCAACGUGAGCUGUGCAUUGUCGCUGUCGAGUCGGGUCGGAGUGGUCGGUCCGAAUGGCGCUGGGAAGUCUACUUUGAUCAAACUCCUGACGGGAGAAACUGUACCACAAGAAGGUACUGUCUACAAACAUCCGGCACUCCGUGUUGGUUACGUCUCCCAACACGCGACGCAUCACAUCGAACGUCACCUCGAGAAAACUCCAAUAGCAUAUAUUCAGUGGCGAUUCCAAGAUGGGCAUGACCGUGAACUGCUUGAGAAGGUGACGCGUGUGAUCACCGCGGAAGAACAAGCCAUCCUCGAUCAAGAUUGGGUCGGCAAGAACGGUACGAAGCGGAAAGUAGAGCUUAUCAUGGGACGUCAGAAGCUCAAGAAGUCGUUCCAAUAUGAGAUUAAGUGGCGCGGCCUCGAUCACAGAUUCAACACCUGGGUUCCACGCGAUCAGCUUCUUGAAAAGGGGUUCACCAAAUUGGUGCAACAAUUUGAUGACCUGGAGUCCUCAAGAGAGGGCGCAGGGACUCGCGAUACGUCGGCUAAUCUGGUCAGGAAGCAUUUGGAAGAUAUCGGACUGGAUGGUGACAUUGCUCAAUACAACGAGAUCUCGGGCUUGUCAGGAGGUCAGAAGAUCAAACUUGUGAUCGCCGCUUGUUUGUGGAACAAUCCGCAAGUCUGUGUACUUGAUGAGCCUAGUAACUUCUUGGAUCGCGAGGCGCUGGGAGGACUCGCCGUAGCCAUCAAAGAGUGGGCGGGUGCUGUGGUUAUCAUAUCCCACAACCAUGAGUUUGUUUCUGCUCUGUGUCCGGAGAUUUGGAACGUCGAGGGUGGAAGGAUGACUCAUCAGGGGAAGGCCGCUGUCGUCGAAGAUGCUUUCGCAGACGCCAAGUCACCAAAAGGAAGCGGCACCAAUACUCCUAUUCGGUCUCGCGUGCAAAGUCCGGCGGUGUCCACGAACGCAACACCUGCUGGGAGUGGUGCGGAAGACGGAUCAGCUGUAGCAUCGAUCAAGAAAAAGAAGAAGCCGACACGGAAUCAGAUGAAAGCCCAGGAAGAACGGCGAAGGCUUAGAAAACUUGCCUGGCUGACGAAUGGUGGUCCCAGGCCUGAAGACACGGAUAGCGACUAAUGCCGAGCUUGACUUCGGAGCACUGGACCGGCAUUUUCCCGGGGUCCACCAGGGGUGUUCGUAGUUGUUAUUUUAAGGUUAUACAGAUCUGGAGUCAGAUAGGCUUUUUGGCACGUCGCGCACGUUUGCUUCCGUUCAUCCAUAUUUGUUGAGAGACGCGACAUAUCGAGCACUACAUAUUUCCGCAGCGCAGCGCGAUACCUGUGGUUGUUGUACAUCUUUUCCGUUGAUGUAGCAGCCCUGAACAAGUCUUUGCGUCGCUCUUU